AUGGUGCUUUUGCGCCAAAAGUUUGGAAGUGCUUAUCCUGUCAAUUCUGAAAGGAGUUGCAGUAUGAGAGGAGAUUUUGCGUCAGCGGUAGUCUCUUCGGUGCUGAAUCCAUGGAGUGCAGGAGUUGAAGCGAAGAUGGAAGCAUGGUGCAAUGGACGAUGGCAUGGAGACAGCACAUGAUGAUCCAAAAUGUUAAAAAAUGUUAAAAAUUGAAGACACUGAAGAAAAUGAAGUUUUAGUGAACCUUGAAGAUACCUAAAUUGUCAAUUGAGUUGAUGCUAG